UUAUUGCAUUUCUGCUUCCUUCAUCGGCCAACACGGGAUAAUAACACGAUCUAUAAAAGUCACCUGUCGUUCAUUUGAAAUACACGUUCUUUCCUCACAAGAAGUUGUAGCAGUGCAAAGAGAAAGACGCUUGCUCGCUUGGGGUGCAGAAACAGAAAAGUGUGACGCAAUGCCUUAUUUGUUCUGUAAAUAUUCAAAAUUUAGGUCUCAACUGUUGUAUUUACUUCACUGAUGUUUAAACCGGAACUGAUGGCAUUGGAGCUGAGCAGGUGAUCAUUUUAAGGUUUUACAAGGUGAGAAGCUCCACCUUUGGAGUAGACGUAGGUGUGAGUGCUGACUUCAGUUCAGGGGAGUGGCCGGCCGUGCCAAAAGCACUUUGGAUGGCGUCUUUGUACGCAACCUGAGAUCAUCUUUUAACUGCUUUGAGUGUGGAGCUACAAAUCUGACAAGUAGGGUGCCCGGAAUGGUCGCUGUCUUAAAAAAAAAGUGUGGUUGCAUUGUGGCAUCGUUGAAGCAUCAUAGCUUGUUUGAAGAAGUAUGGCGAAAAAUCCCAGUAUCUCUUCCUCAAAGGUGACUCGGGCUCACUGGAACAAACCCAGACACGGGAACAGGAUGGAUGAGCAGAGAUGCACCUUUCCACCCACACUCAAGACCGAGGAGGACUACAUUCCCUAUCCAAGUGUCCACGAGGUUUUGGGAAGGAAGAGCCCCUUUCCUCUCAUCCUUCUGCCGCAGUUUGGCGGUUACUGGAUUGAGGGAACAAAUCACGAGCUGGGUAAUAAUCCGGACCCAUCGGAGCCGCUGCGGACUUUGUCCCCGGACACCCGCACAAAGCUGGAAUGUAACGCAACGGCCACAUUCUACCGCAAACACUUUCUGGCAAAGGAACACUUUAAUUACUAUUCAGUGGACGGCGCCCUGGGACAUCUGGUGUUCUCUUUAAAAUACGACGUGAUCGGUGACCAGGAGCAUCUCCGACUAAUGCUUAGGACCAAGCAAAAAACAUACCACGAUGUCAUCCCCAUCUCCUGCCUGACUGAGUUUCCCAAUGUGGUCCAAAUGGCCAAGCUCGUCUGUGAGGAAGUCAACGUGGACCGCUUCUUCCCAGUGCUUUAUCCAAAAGCCUCGCGACUUAUUGUGACAUUUGAUGAGCACGUCAUAAGCAACAACUUCAAGUUUGGGAUCGUUUAUCAAAAGUUUGGCCAGACUUCAGAGGAGGAGUUAUUUGGCAAUAACCAAGAGAGUCCUGCCUUUGUGGAAUUUCUGGAGUUUCUUGGGGAGAAAAUUGAGCUUCACCACUUUAAAGGAUUCCGUGGAGGCUUGGACGUGACUCACGGCCAGACUGGCACAGAAUCCAUCUACUGCAACUAUGGCAAUAAAGAGGUCAUGUUCCACGUGUCCACAAAGCUGCCUUACACCGAGGGGGACACGCAGCAGUUACAGCGAAAGCGGCAUAUAGGCAACGACAUUGUGGCAAUUGUAUUCCAAGAAGAAAACACUCCCUUUGUGCCAGAUAUGAUCGCCUCCAACUUCCUCCAUGGCUACGUUGUGGUCCAAGUGGUCAACCCGUGUUCAGACAAUGUUCUUUACAAGGUGUCCGUGACAGCACGGGAUGACGUACCUUUCUUCGGUCCCGCCCUCCCAAACCCUGCUGUCUUCAAAAAAGGCCCUGAAUUCCAUGAAUUCCUUUUCACAAAACUCAUCAAUGCUGAAUACGCCUGCUAUAAAGCUGAAAAGUUUGCAAAGUUAGAGGAGCGAACGAGGUCAGCCUUGUUGGAAACACUUUACGAGGAGCUGCACGUGAACAGCCAGGCCAUGAUGGGUGUCGGGGGAGAUGAUGACAAGCUGGAGAAUGGUGGCGGCGGCGGCGGAGGAGGCUUCUUUGAGUCAUUCAAGCGGGUGAUACGCAGCAGGAGCCAGUCUAUGGACGCCAUGGGUUUUACUUUCAAGAAGCCGCACACGGUGCCGGCUAGCCUCAGCGGAAGCUUUAACCACUGCACACCCGCAGAGAGCCCCAAAUUCCCAGGGAUAUCAUUGCUUGUCCCAGGCAAAAGUCCCAGUAAAUAUGGACGUCGAGGCAGUGCCAUAGGAAUAGGAUCAGUAGAAGAGUCUUUGAUUAUUCCGGGGAAAAGCCCCACCAGGAAAAAGUCUGGUCCCUUCAGCUCCAGGCGAAGUAGUGCCAUCGGGAUUGAAAAUAUUCAGGAAGUGCAGGAGAAAAGCAGAGAGAAUUCCCCGAACACCCAAAAGACCCCCGACAGCGGCCACGUCUCUCAGGAUCAGAAAUCGGACAACUCAUCUAAUCAGAGCUCACCUGAGGCUCUCACCACCACCAAAAACAGGGCCCCAUCCAUCCCCGAGGCCAAUGACCUUUCGCGCUCCUCGUCAAACGCGAGCAGCUUUGCCAGCGUGGUGGAGGAAAACGAGGUGGUGGAGGAUUAUGACACGGGCAUGGAGAGUUUGUCAUCUGCCGGGACACCACACAAGCGGGACUCUCUCACAUACAGCACGUGGCUGGACGACAGUGCGAACAGCGCCAGUACCAACAGCCGCGGCAGCUCGCCAGGUCCUGCUAAAAGUGAGCGGGGGAAAGGAACAGACAUCCGCAUCAAACUCGAGCGACAUCAGUCGUCAUCGUUGAGUUGAGUUCACUGCCAUCGUACAGCGCUCGUAUCUCAGAACUGUUAGCUCGUCCCACCUGCACGCAUUGCGGAUUUCCAUCUCCAGCAUUCCCAUCAAUCACAGCCCCUCCGGGAGAUGAGCCAGUGCAGGCGUUGGCUAUGACCGAUGUGCCGAACACGGGA